UUUUUUAUUAUAUUUUUGCACUUCAUUUUCAAGUAGACUUUGAAAAACUGUAUUCAGUUACAAUUUUAUUUAUUCUGAAAAAUAUUGAACCCCAAAGAUAUAGAUUUCGAUGUUGCAAAUAUGCAGAAGAAGACGAAAUUUCCAGAAAACCCGGAAUCUAGACGACCAAGUCAUAAAUAUUGCAUUGGUUUCAGUGAUGACGAUGACUCACAGACAACGCCGGAAGAAUACCAGCUCGAUGUCAACGAAGAGAUCCCACACCAGGAGUUGGCAGUGGAAAUAAAUGGAAUGGACAGAAUGCUGGACAGUUUACGGUCCCGCAUCUCUGCCGGUGGUUUUAGACAGGCUGGAAAGUCGCCUCGCAACCCAAAGGAUCACCAGGAAAAACUUGUAAUGCAUGAAAAUUGCUUUGGAUUUGGCGAUAACAAGGACUCAAACUCGGAACCCGAGGACCUGCUUCCCGACGAAUCGGAGGAGGAGCAGGGCGAACAUCAGGAUCUUCCAUUCGAGGAGAUGGCUGAGGAAAUAAGAGCGAUGAACGCAACGCUAGACAGGAUACAAGACCGACUUCCCAAUGAUGUCUUAGAGGAGAUUGCGAAGUUGGCAAGCAGCAUAGAGGAAGAGAUGGGCCUAGAAUCGGAGGAUGCACGCUGGCUUAUCUUGCACGGCAGCAAGGAUCCGGCAAUCCGAGCCCUUCAGAUAAAUUCCCGUCGUCUCCGUUGUCAGCUGGCUGACCUGGUGCGUUGCUCAGAGCUGGGAGCCACUCGUCUAGUGGCCAUGAACCGCCAAACUAUCCGGCAUUCAAAUCAGCUGAGGGCUUACCGCAAGCAGUACGAGAGCGUCCAUUCCCAUCACCUGACUCUUCAACUGGAGGCGGGAAAGUGCCUGAUGCGCUAUCGUCAUUGCCAGGAGGUGUACUCCACUUGGCGCGAGCUGCACCAGAUGGGUCGCAAGGCUCAUGUGGCGUACGAUAAAAUCCUGGAGAUAACUCAGCCACGGGGCGAAUUCGUGGAGCUUAAAAAGCAGGCGCUCAGUGAAAUUUCGGAGGUGCACGAGUCCUGCUUAGAUUCUUCCAGCUGUCUUGCCAACAGGGUGAGAGACAUAGGGCAGGCCCUGGGGAUUUUCUCACAGCGCGUGUCCAAGAUGGUCCCGCAGGAAUGGAAGAAUUACACCGGUCCACCGGUUGUGGUAAAGAGCACUCACUGGCAAGGGCGCUACACUUACACAUUGCGCUUCGCCCGCGGAGAGCUGUUCACCAUACCGAUCGUUGUGCGACCGCCAGCCAAAACUUGGUACGGACGGAUGCAGGCCAAUUUGUUGCGGGGUCGGAUAGCUAAGACCCAAGGUUCAGUCAAACGCAAAUAACAGUUUCGGGCGGCUUUAAAGUCCUAUUCUUAAAUUGAAAUUACUAGUUUAAGCAGAAAUAUUAAAAAAAGUCUUUCGAUUUGUAACUC